AUGUCAUCACAUUUGUUGCCAACUAUUGAAACAUCAAAAGUUAACUCGUUAUGGUUUCGACCAUUACAACCUGUUCGAGAAGAUGUUAGUUUAGCUAAAUUUGAAGAAAUACUUGAACAAGAACGACGACGUUAUCUUGAAAAAGGUUUAAAUUUACCAUUUCAUGGACGAACAGAAAUGGAUAAUGGAGAUGAUGAUGAAGAUGGUGAUGAAGCUGAAGAAGAAAGUGAAGGUGGUGAACAAGAUGAUGAAAUGGAUGCACAACAAGGUCCUGGAUCGCCAAACAAUGGAGUCGGCGGUGGAGUAGUAUAA